AUGAUUACCUUGUACGAUGUUCCUUCUACUAUUCCACAGCCAUGGGCUCCAAAUAUUUGGCGGAUUCGCUUCAUUUUGAAUUAUAAACGGCUGCACUAUCGCACGACUUGGAUCGAUUUUUCCGAUGUCGAAGCCACAUUGCGCUCUAUAGGCGCACCCCCAACGUCGCUGCGACGUGACGGCAGACCAGUAUACAUUCUUCCUGUCAUCGUAGACCCUCUGCGAUCUGUGACAUCCCCUGUCGUUUUGUCCAAUGCCACCACCAUCGCAGAAUAUCUCGAAACGACCUAUCCUGCGCGUCCCAUUUUCCCCGAGGGUUCACGCGCUGUGCAGAGCCUUUUCGUUCACCAUCUUCAAGAAAUUUUUGUGAAGCCCUUGCUCCCUAUAUUCGUGCCUCUGACACACCAGACAUUGCCUGAGCGCAGUCAGGCGCAUUUUCGCGGCAAUGCGGGUCCCGCGCCGCCCCUGCCUGUGCAAUUGUCUCCCUCACAGAAGGAACAAGCGUGGAGAGCGGUCAAGGAGCAGUUUGACUUCCUUGCCAGCAUUCUCGAGAGAAAUUCACCGCCGGACGGUAAUGGCAUCGUAGUCAUGGGGCACGAUAUUAGCUACGCAGAUUUUGCCUUAUGUUCUGUACUAAUUUGGAUUGAACGUGUGUCUCCUCACGACGGGUGGGCUAGAAUUCGCCAGUGGAACGGCGAUAGGUGGGUCAGGCUGUAUGCCACCUGCUCACAGUAUAUGGACGUGUUCUGA